AGUAGUAAACGGAAGUAAGCGUUGACCAGUUAACAUUUUCACAUUAGCGUUUUUAUUGUUGCCAUUUAGACAUUUAUUAAACCCAUGGAACUGAAAAUAUUACUAAUUUAACUACAUAGCAUCACGUACUUGCCCCAGGUAGUCUUUGAUUCGCGUUUGAGACAGGACUUGGUUAAUGUUGUCUAGGUAAAGUUAGCUGCUAACGUUAGUUAACAAUGGCUGACAGUGUGGUUUUUCACACUCAAAUAGCCUCCAUUAUGGAGGUACUAGCGAAUACAGCCGUGGCAGAGGUCUGUAAACUCGUAGAUGACGACUAUGCAGUGUUUCGUUUUGAAAUAACUCAAAACCAGAAAGAAAACAGGGCGUUGCGAAGGAAACUACAGCUACUGGAACUGAAGGUGGCACGGGAGCGCGUCUUCGCCAGUCGUGUCAAGAUUAUUGACCAGUACAGAGGAAUGGCAAGAGGAGAUCUCACUGGAGGCCACAGGAGCUUUGUGAAGCCAGCGGGACACAAUACACUGAUAGAUGACCAACCAGUCACUGUUGAUGAGGGGAGGGGAACCUCAACCCAGCACAUUAUCGUGAUCGAGUCUGCAGAUGCAGGUUCUGGGGUCAAGCUGGAGAGGUCUGAAAGAGAGGAGGACCCAUGGCAUAGCAGAGACACCCAGACUCGAGCAGCUGUAGAGCCCCAUGUAGCCACAAAGGACACCCCCACCAUCGCCCCAGCACCGCCCAGGACCCGACGCAGAAUCACGGAGGUCAGUGGAACGCAGAACGCCGUCCUCAAGUCAGACACCAAGACUUUAACCGUAACACACAGGCUCCUACACACUGGAUCUGACCACAGAUCAGACCCAGAGAGACUGGGGCUGGGGAUACUGGGCUGUCCUCCUGCUCCUGGCUCAGAGUAUUUACCUUACGGUAACCCAAACCCGAGGACUGCUCAUUCCCUUCGGGAUUCAGGUGAUGCAUUAGAGACUGGCAAUGAUCGGUCUUCUUCUUACGCUACAGAGAUGGACCCUGGCAUCAUGCACUUGGGCUUAGAGACACAGACUGAUCUGUCUAAAGGGGACUGGAACCCCUACCGUAGUAGUGUAUACUCUGAAGAGUCCGAAGAAAGAAAUAAGAAAGGGGAGGGUCUGGUCAUAGAUGAAGUCACUGUGAAAGUGGAGGGCGACGCUCCUCUGACAUGGAAUGUAGAUAAGACUCACUUAGGAGGACACUCACAAGGCAGAGAUUUCUUAAAUUACAGGGAAAGCUUAGAGACAAAUCCAAAUGUCACAACCCACUCCCCUUUACACACGGUCAGGGAUCAUGAGUCAGUGUCCAUGUCGAUGGGACCUUCGAAGUCACAGGACCGCGUCCUUUUCGAUCAGGUAUUGAACUCAAAGGGCCAAAAGGCUAAGGCACGGGGUAGAGGAGCAACAUCAGGCAAAAGUAAAGAGAAGCGGUUCUUAUGCAUGUUCUGUAACAAAGGCUUCAGCUGCCCCCAGAAGGUGGAGAUCCACCAGAGGGUCCACACAGGGGAGAAACCCUUCGGAUGUACCCAGUGUCAUAUGCGCUUCGCUGAGGCUGGCAACCUAAAGAAGCACCAGAGGGUCCACACAGGAGAGAAACCAUUUGGCUGUACCCAGUGUCACAUGCGCUUCGCCCAGGCUGGUCACCUGAAGAGACACCAGAGGGUCCACACAGGGGAGAAAUAAUACAGCUGGUCCCAGUGUGAGAACAGAUUCUCCAGCCAGCACCAGCUGAAGAUGCACCUGAAGGGCUACGCGGGUGAAAGGCGGUUCACCUCUACGCAAUGCGGGAAGAGGUUGUCAGAGAUGAGCUACCUCAGAAUACACCAGUUGAAAAAAUCAUUCCACUAUAGCCUCUGAUGUUUAGAUCAAACACUGCAUUAAAGUUUAAUUUUCAUUAUUGUCAGCAGAAAAUCAUUUGGAAUAACCAGAGUAACAGAUUUCAGUGUUGAGUAUUCCUGUGUAGAAUAUUGCAUCCAGACAUUGUGUGAUAUACACUGAGUGUACAAAACAUGAAGGAUACCUGCUCUUUCCAUGCCAGACUGACCAGGUGAAUACAGGUGAAAGCUUUGAUCGCUUAUUGAUGUCACUUUUUAAAUACACUUCAAUCAGUGUAGAUGGAGGAGUAGAGAGGUUAAAGAAGGAUUGUUAAAGCCUUGACACAAGAUACAUGUAUGUGUGCCAUUCAGAGGGUGACUGGGCAAGACAGAAUAUUUUUAUAUAAUUAAGUGCCUUUGUAAGGUGUAUGGUAGUACAGUCGGAGUCAUUGAAACUCGUUUUUCAACCACUACACAAAUUUCUUGUAAACAAACUAUAGUUUUGGCAAGUCGGUUAGGACAUCUCUUUUGUGCAUGAUACAAGUCAUUUUUCCAACACUUGUGAUACAGUGAAAUAAUCUGUAAACAAUUCCAGUGGGUCAGAGGUUUACAUACACUAAAUUGACUGCCUUUUAACAGCUUGGAAAAUUCCAGAAAAUUAUGUAAUGGCUUUAGAAGCUUCUGAUAGGUUAAUUGAAAUCAUUUGAGUUAAUUAGAGGUGUACCUGUGGAUGUAUUUCAAGGCCUACCUUCAAACUCAAUGCCUCUUUGCUUGACAUAAUGGGAAAAUCAAAAGAAAUCAGCCAAGACCUCAGAAAACAAAUUGUAGACCUUCACAAGUCUGGUUCAUCCUUGGGAGCAAUUUCCAAAGGCCUGAAGGUACCACGUUCAUCUGUACAAAUAAUUGUACGCAAGUAUACACACCAUGGGACCACGGACGUGUUCUGUCUCUUAGAGAUGAACGUACUUUUGUGCAAAUCCAUCCCAGAACAACAGCAAAGGACCUUGUGAAGCUGCUGGAGGAAACAGGUACAAACGUAUCUAUAUCUACAGUAAAACGAAUCCUAUAUCGACAUAAACUGAAAGGCUGCUCAGCAAGGAAGGCACUGCUCCAAAACCACCGUAAAAAAUCCAGACUAUGGUUUGCAACGGCACAUGGGGACAAAGAUUGUACUUUUUGGAGAAAUGUUCUCUGGUCUAAUGAAACUAAAAUAGAACUGUCUGGCCAUAAUGACCAUCGUUAUGUUUGGAGGAAAAAUGUGGAGGCUUGCAAGCCGAAGAAUACCAUCCCAAUCGUGAAGCACGGGGGUGGCAGCAUCAUGUUGUGGGAGUGCUUUGCUGCAGGAGGGACUGGUGCACUUCACAAAAUAGAUGGCAUCAUGAGGUAGGAAAAUUAUGUAGAUAUAUUGAAGCAACAUCUCAAGACAUCAUUCAGGAAGUAAAUGCUUGGUUGCAAAUGGGUCUUCCAAAUGGAAAAUGAAUUAAGCAUACUUCCAAAGUUGUGGCAACAUGGCUUAAGGACAACAAAGACAAGGUAUUGGAGUGGCCAUCACAAAGUCCUGACCUCAAUCCUAUAGAAAAUGUGUGGGCAGAACUGAAAAAGCAUGUGCGAGCAAGGAGGCCUACAAACCUGACUCAGUUACACCAGCUCUGUCAGGAGGAAUGGGCCAAAAUUCACCCAACUUAUUGUGGGAAGCUUGUGGAAGGCUACCCAAAACGUUUGACCCAAGUUAAACAAUUUAAAGGCAAUGCUACCAAAUAUUAAUUGAGUGUAGGUAAACUUCUGACCCACUGGGAAUGUGAUGAAAUAAAUCAUUAUUUCUACUAUUAUUCUGACAUUUCACAUUCUUAAAAUAAAGUGGUGAUCCUAACUGGCCUAAAACAGGGAAUGUUUACUAGGAUUAAAUGUCAGGAAUUGUGAAAACUGAGUUUAAAUGUGUUUGGCUAAGGUGUAUGUAAACUUCCAACUUCAACUGUAGAUGACAGGCGCACCGGUUUGUGUCAAGAACUGCAACGCUGCUGGAUUUUUCACGCUCAACAGUUUUCUGUGUGUAUCAAGCAUGGUCCACCACCCAACGGACAUCCAGCCAACUUGUAGGAAGAAUUGGAGUCAACACGGGCCAGAAUCCCUGUGGAAAGCCUUUGACAUCUUGUAAAGUCCCUACCCCAACAAAUUGAUGCCGUUCCGAGGGCAAAAAAGGGAGGGGGUGCAACUCAAUAUUAGGAAGGUUUCAAUGUUUUGUAAGUACUGCGUUUGAUUCUAACAUGUAUUGACUCAGGGGUUGAAUACUUAUCUAAUCAAGAUAGUUUUAUUUUUCAUUUUUUACUUACAAAUGUUACAUUUUUCUUACACUUUUACAGAGUUUUGUGUAGAUCCUUGGAGGGGAAAAAAAGGACAAUUUAAUCCAUUUUAAUUCCACUUUAACAACAAAAUUUGGAAAAAGUAAAGAUGAUAUUUUGUGUUUGUACUGUGUAGGCUAAAUUAUGUUCACAAAUGCCUAUUUCAUUACUUCCAUUCAACUUAAUUUUUUUCCAAAGACACUUUUGUUGAGAAAAUGAAUGCAGUUUGUCAAGCAGAUUUGUAGUGGAGACGUGCAUGUUUGGUUUUCAUAUGGUGUAUUUAAAAUUAGUUUUGUUUAAUAAAAACAAUGGGACUUUUCAUUCUAA